UUGUACAAAAGAAAAGUAAAGAAAAAACAUUAUUAUUGUGAAGAGAGGUAGUGUGUGACCCUGAACAUAAGAGAGAAGGUGUAAAGGCAUGAGAAUUUCGUAACCAAGCCAUAGGAGAAGAAGAGAGGGAACGAAACAAAACCACUCUCACCCAAAUCGUUUCUUCUUUCCUCUCCAACGAUCUUCAAUUCCGUUACCGGUUUCGUCCCCCUUUGUCAGAAUCUCGCCUUUGGUGAUCGCCAUAGAGUGCCAGAGCUUUUCCUGAGGUUCUUGUUUUGGAAGAUUCGGCGUGUUCGUGUUUUUGAGUUCUUCAGCGAUUGGUUUCAGUGGCCAUGGACAAAUUGCUUUUUCAAAGCUGUAUGGUAACUCAAAUAUGUAGAAAUGUUUAAAGAAGCAGAAUAUUUUAAGAUUGAGAUGUUGAUAUAGUUAUAUCACAACCACCUAUUGAGAAAGUAAACAAGAACAUUGAGAAAGCUGGUGACUGAAAUGGAGUGCAAUAAGGAUGAGGCCACCAGAGCUAGAGAAAUUGCUGAGAGGAAGUUUGCUGCAAAGGAUACAUUGGGUGCAAAGAAAUUUGCUUUGAAGGCCCUAAAUUUAUUUCCUGCUCUUGAGGGUAUUUCUCAAAUGAUAGCAACACUUGAUGUUUAUCUUUCUGCUGAGAAUAAAACAAAUGGAGAAGCAGAUUGGUAUGGAGUACUUGGUGUGGACCCCCUUGCUGAUGAUGAUACAGUCAGGAAACAAUACAGGAAGCUAGCUCUCAUGCUUCACCCUGAUAAGAACAAGUCCGUUGGAGCUGAUGGGGCCUUCAAACUCAUCUCAGAGGCAUGGAGUUUACUAUCAGACAAAACUAAAAGGGCAGCAUAUGACCACAGAAGUGGAAAAGCACCAAAAGUUUCUACUAAGUUUGGAGGUUCGUCAACACAAACCAGGCCUAAUGGGAGUUACAAUUUUGCCAAGAAGACUUCCCCUUCAAAUGCAUCUUCUUCGAAGAAUAUUGAUAAAGAGCAUGCAUCAUCUUCUACCCAUAAGUCAAAAGCAAAUACAUUUUGGACUGUUUGCCAUCGAUGCAAAAUGCAGUAUGAGUAUCUUAGUGUUUAUGUUAACCUUAAACUCUUAUGUCCCAACUGUCAUGAGGCAUUUGUUGCUAAAGAAACUGCUCCUCCACCUGCAAGUGGUAUUAGGCCUGCGGCUCAAUGGAAUUUUUCACAGAAUAAUCAAAAUUUCAACCGCCAUUUACCUGGUAAAAGCAAAUCUAAUGCUUCUGGAAAGAAUAAGAUGGCAGUCCCAAAUGCUGGAGCAGGGUCUUACAGUAAGACUAACUCCAAUAAAAAAGCCAGUUUCCAGUGGGCUCCAUUCUCAAAAACAUCUGGUGUUUCUAAUGUGGCUCAAGCUGCAAGUGUGGUUCAGCAGGCAUAUGAUAAGGUGAAACGUGAUCGUGAGGAAGCACAAGCAGCCAGCAAAAGAGAAGAGGCAUUAAAAAGGAAGCAGCAUGCUUCUAAAAGGAGUUACUAUAAUCCUGCUAAGAGAAGAAGAGGGGGCGUGGAGGAAGCAAGUGUGAGUAACCAUGGUGAGGGAACAAACUCUUCUAAAAAGGGUUGUUUUGAAUAUAAGGUUAAUGGAAUCAAAAAGACCGGCAGAGUGGGAGAUAUCUCCCCAGUUGAACUUCGGAAUCUUCUUGUGGAGAAAGCUAGAAAAGAAAUUAGCAAUAAACUCAAGGAAAUUCAGUCAAAUAUUGUUGAUAAAACAGUGGUGAAAGAGAGUGGAAAUGACUUCCAAAAAGUGAUCGAGAAAGGAGAAAAUUGUUUAAGAAACUCUGAGAUGUGUGCUGGAGAUAAUGCUGAGAAGUCAGAAGACAGAAAGAGUGGAUCCCGAAUGAUCAAGUCAUUUGCGAGUUCUAGGAAAUUUUUGGAAACAACACCUGUUGAUGUGCCAGAUCCUGAUUUCCAUGAUUUUUUCAAGGAUCGAACUGAAAGAUCUUUUGAUAAAAAUCAAGUAUGGGCGGUGUAUGAUAAUGAUGAUGGGAUGCCUCGAUGUUAUGCAAUGAUUCACAACAUCAUCUCCCUGAAUCCAUUCAUGAUGCAGAUCAGUUGGCUCAAUCCGAAUACCAACAGUGAACUGGGCCCCCUAAAUUGGGUUGCUUCGGGCUUUUCAAAAACUUGUGGGGAUUUCAGAAUGAGCAGACACGAACUCUGUAGCUCAACUAAUUUUUUCUCUCACAAGGUUAGGUGGAGACCAGGUACUGAUGGAGCCAUUUCUAUAUAUCCCAGGAAAGGGGAUGUUUGGGCCAUCUAUAGGAAUUGGUCUCCUGACUGGAAUGAACUAACAGAAGAUGAGAUUAUACGUAAGUUUGAUGUGGUUGAAGUACUAGAGGAUUUUUUUGAAGGACAUGGUAUAGAUGUUAUUCCUCUGGUCAAAGUGGCUGGAUACAAAACAGUAUUUCAUCACCACUUAGAUCCAAGUGAAAUCAGAAUCAUUCCGAGGGAAGAGAUGUUUCGAUUUUCUCAUCAAAUACCUUCACACCUACUCACUGGUCAAGAAGCUCCAGAUGCUCCAAAGGGUUGCAGGGUGCUGGAUCCAGCUGCUACUCCACUUGAACUUCUUCAGGUAAUAGAAGUUGUGAAGGAGGAAGACAUGGCAAACAACGAAGAUAGUGAUGUAAAAGAAACAAAUGGUAGCUUGAAAAAAGACAACAAUGUGGAAGUGGUCAAUGAUAUGGGAAAACUUGAGAAAGAAAAAGGGGGAAAAGGCAAAGAGGUGCAGGAAGUAGAAACUUUGAUAGAGGUCAAAGAGAAAGAAGAUAUGCAGUAGCUUGUAACAGCAAGGGUAUGUAGCAUGCUAAAGGAGAUCUCUGGCUCCUGCAAGGAAUUAAGAGAAUACUAGAAAAUCAGAAUUCUUUUGACAAAAGAGAAUCCAAAAUGAGUUGACAUUGCAAAUAACUAUUGGAUGGAUGAGAGAUUCCAAUCACUUUCUCUUAUCCAAUCAUCAUUGAACAUAGGUGAAUUUUGUCAAUUUUUUUUUAGCAAUGUUAUAUUUACUGUCACAAUUUGUGGAGGAUUUCACUUUUGUUCCGAUAUUGCAGUAGCUGUCUUCAACUGUUGAGGUUGAAUGUAUCAGUUUCAUGCCCUUUUUUAUUUGCUUUUUUUAGGAUAUUACUCAAUUUUGUUUUGUAUAUCAGAUCUAGUAGCAUGAUCUUCAGUCGUGUCCAUAUAUGUAAGAUAUUUAACUCCUUUAAAGAUUAAUACAGUCCCUUACAAAUUGAUUUCGUUUC